AUGGGCUCCGAAGCCACGGAAACAGAAGAAUACUUCCACUUUCGGUCGUACUCGAUUAGAAAACCGAUCGCAUUUUCCUAUAUUCUAUGCACCCUUUAUAACGUGACAUUUUUCGUGCAAUUCCUAUCAUUCCCGUAUAUCGUCAAGGAGCUCGGAAUCAGUGAUACACAAUACGGAUACCUUCAAACCCUCUUCGGACUCCUUCAAGUCCUCGGCGGGCCGGUGUUUGGGCACAUAACCCAAAAAUACGGUAUUCGAGCAGCGCUAUUUCUUUGCUACGGAUCGACACUGAUUUCUGCGUUGAUGUUGUAUUCGGCAAAUGACUUGACGACGCUGUACCUCUCGCGGUUGCCGGUGUUCUUCAUGCACGGGCAGCAAGCCCAUCAGACGCUGAUGUCCUUGUUGACGGCGCCGGGCAAGGAGCGGACGAAUGCGUUCGGGAGGAUGGGGUUGACUUUUGGAAUCUCCUUCAUGUUCACCCCGAUCAUCCAAAUCCUGUCGGGGAUGGUGUUCGGGGCCCGGGGGGCGUUGCUGACCAUCGCCUUGGUCGGCUUCUUGCCAUUUUUCGUCUUCGACCAUUGCCUGCAGCGAAAGGACUACGAUCAUAACCACGAGGCGUCGACUAUACGAGGUACGGCUCCAUCGGCCCCGGUCAACUGGGAUGGGGCUGUUCGCGUCCUGAAGAAGCCGGGCACCAUCAACCUGCUGAUCAAGAAAAACGCGCCGAUCAUGCCGGCGUUGAUGGUGUUCUCCGUCAUGCAGAUCCACAUGAUCAACUCGUUCCAAGUCACCCAGGAGAUCAGCUCCAUGAUCCAGAUGAUGACUGGCGCCUGCAUUAUGUUCAGCAAUGGAUUCGGGGUCAUCUUCCUCCGAAAACACUUCGACGAACAGAAGAUUCUGAUCUUUGGCACUUGCUCUUUCCUAACAGCCUACGUGUUCCUCACCUACUUCAACGCCCUCUGGCUGAUCUGCCUGAUUAUGCCGUUCACCUGCAUGGGAAUGUCGCUGGUCGCCACCGUCGCGGACUCCUUGCUGACGUCGGUGGUCGAGGAAAAUGAACAGGUGAUCGUGCUCGGCGUCGCAACCACCAUCAACUCAUUCGUGCGUACGUUUGCCCCGGCGGCUUCCGGGAAAAUUAUGGAAGUAUACGGCUUCUCAAGCUUUGGGAUGGUUGGCUUUGCGUUGUCACUCGUCGGGCUGGCAGCUUGUCUCUACUACCCUCUAGAUCCUGCUCUUAUCCGUAAAGAGGAGCCCAAAGAGGAGAUGAAAGCGGAAGCAGAAAAGAAGAACGAA